AUGUUACCUGCAAAGAGCGUUGCGGUGAUCGGUGCUGGUCCGUCAGGGGCUAUUGCGGUCGAUGCACUGGCGCAAGAGAAUGCAUUUGACACGAUUCGUGUGUUCGAGAGACAGGAAAAGGCCGGAGGAUGCUGGGUUUCCAGAGAUGAUCCGCCACCGCGGAUAGUAGACUUUGAAGGACUUGCUGCGCGCACGGCAGAUGCGCCGUUGAAAAUUCCUGAGCAAUUGCCAUGCCGGACACCGGCGAUAUCGCAAGACCGCUUCACAGACUCGCCUGUUUACCCCGGGCUGGAGACUAAUGUGGACGCGGGCGUCAUGUCCUACUCCCAAGAGCCUAUUCCAAUGAUCCGGUCCCAAUGGUCUAUUGAUCGUCACGGACCGGAGACACCAUUUCGACACCAUGCGGUGAUCCGGAAGUAUAUUGAGGAUCUGUUUAUUGAGAAGGGUCAUCAUGGCCUGGUUCAGUAUAACACUACUGUUGAGCGCGCGGUCAAGGAGCCUAGUAGUCAGAAAUGGGUUCUUACGAUUCGGAGAAGAGAAGUGGUUGAUGGCAUCCCUUCAGAUUAUUGGUGGAGUGAGCAAUUUGAUGCUCUUGUCGUGGCCUCUGGUCAUUAUGCCGUGCCCUUUGUUCCAAUGAUCUCGGGUUUGGAAGAGUUCGCGGCACGAUAUCCUGGUAGCGUCGAGCAUACCAAGCAUUAUAGAGGUCCAGGGAAGUACUGGGGCAAGAAAGUCAUCACCGUCGGAGCCUCCGUCUCAGCCGCCGACACAGCCGUCAGCCUCAUCGACACAGCACAAUCACCCAUCCACGCCGUCGUCCGCGGCCGCUACAACCCCUUCUUCGGCGACGAGGCCUUCAAGCACCCGAAGAUCCAGCGCCGAGCACCAAUCUCCCGCAUCACGGCCGAAGACCGAACGGUGCAUUUCGAAGACGGCACCUCGGAACCAGAUAUCGACAACAUUCUACUUGGCACCGGCUUCACCUGGACACUCCCCUUCCUCCCCCAGGUUCCCACCCGAAGCAACCGCGUCCCCGAUCUCUACCAGCACGUCUUCUACCGGCACGAUCCCAGCCUCGUCUUCGUCGGAGCUGUCGGCGCCGGACUCACAUUCAAGAUCUUCGAAUGGCAAGCCGUCGCUGCCGCGCGCGUGCUGGCUGGACGAGCUACGCUGCCGUCCGAUGCUGAGCAGGAGAAGUGGGAGCAGGAGCGGAUCGCGCUGAAGGGCGAUGGGCCGCCAUUUUCGGCAGUCAACCCGGACUUUAAGGAGUACUUUGAAGAGAUGCGGGCGCUGGCGGGCGAGCCCGCGGCUGGAGCACCAGGGCGGCGCCUGCCGGUGUUUGAUCAGCGGUGGAAGGACGAUUUUGAUGCUGGACAUGAGCGGCGCAAGGAGAUGUGGAGGCGGGCGAAUCGGGCGGCGAUGGGGGUGCUGUAG